UGUGAUGUGCUACUACAUUGCACAUGUGAUGUGCUACUACAUUGCACAUGUGACGUGCUACUACAUUGCACAUGUGACGUGCUACUACAUUGCACAUGUGACGUGCUACUACAUUGCACAUGUGAUGUGCUACUACAUUGCACAUGUGAUGUGCUACUACAUUGCACAUGUGACGUGCUACUACAUUGCACAUGUGAUGUGCUACUACAUUGCACAUGUGAUGUGCUACUACAUUGCACAUGUGGUGUGCUACUUCAUUGCACAUGUGAUGUGCUACUACAUUGCACAUGUGGUGUGCUACUACAUUGCGCAUGUGACGUGCUACUACGUUGCACAUGUGAUGUGCUACUACAUUGCACAUGUGAUGUGCUACUACAUUGCACAUGUAAUGCGCAUUACAGAUGUGCUACUGUGUUACUACAUUACAGAUGUGCAACUACAUUGCGUAUGUGCAGUUACUUACGCUGA